AUGAGAGAUAAUUCAUCAUGCAAGGUUGUGGGUAUAGGAACAAUAAAAUUAAAGAUAUUUGAUGGAGUUGUUCGAAGACUUAAUGAUGUGAGACAUGUUCCUGAUUUGAAGAAAAAUCUUAUUUCUCUUAGUAGCCUCGAUUCAAAAGGUUACAAUUACACUCUUGAAGGUGGAGUUAUGAAGAUAAUCCCAUAUAUGAAAUUAUGCCUUCUCGAAUACUCGAUGAUCGAGGAAGGUUAUAGUCAAAUUACAGAGAUUGAUUUUACUGGCAUAUUUUCUCCAGUUGUGAAACAUAUUUUGAUUCGAGUAUUACUUGGCAUCAUGGCGAUGCAUAUUUUGGAGCUUGAUCAACUAGAUGUGAAGACUUUGUUUCUACAUGGAGAAAUGUUUAAUCUUUUCUUAUCGGUUUUUAGUGUCGCACUAUUUAGUUUAGGAUUUAGUUUAGCGGCUACAUUUGACGUGACAAAAUUUGGAGCGGUUGGAAAUGGACAACAUGAUGAUUCUGAGGCAUUUUUGAAAGCAUGGAAUAGUGUUUGUGGAAGUAGCAUUGGUGGAAUCAUGGUGGUGCCGGUGAAGACAUAUUUUCUCGCUCCUUUAGUUUUCGAAGGACCUUGCAAGUCCUCGUCGAUUCAAGUUCAGAUUGAUGGAACUUUGGUGGCACCCAAAACUAGAAGUGGAUGGAAAAGAUGUGAAGGUGAUACAUGGAUUAUGUUCUCACAAGUUAAUGGCCUCCACAUUCAUGGGAAUGGGAAAUUUGAUGGUCAAGGCUUGCCAUGGUGGAAUAAGCUCAACUUUGUUUACAACCAUGAAGUUGAUAAUCGUCGACAUGGUUAUUUAAACAUAAUGCAGGCACUAAGGUUCAGUAAAUGCAAUAAUCUUCAACUUAAUGGAUUACAACAUAUUAAUCCUCCAAAAAACCAUAUAAGCAUUAAUGAUUGCAAUAAUGUCCAAGUUUCCAACAUUGAGAUACAUGCACCAGAGAAAAGCCCUAAUACGGAUGGGAUCGACAUAUCUUCCUCCACUAAUGUUAAAAUCACGGAUUCUAUAAUUAGCAGUGGAGAUGAUUGUUUUGCCAUCAAUUCCGGUUGUUCGGACAUUUUCAUUGAAAAUGUUAAAUGUGGACCUGGACAUGGAAUAAGUGUUGGGAGUCUUGGGAAAGAUGGAUCUUUUGCAACUGUGGAAGGUGUUUUUGUACAAAAUUGCACUUUAAUUGGUACAUCAAAUGGAGUAAGGAUUAAAACAUGGGAGGGAGGCAAAGGAUACGCUAAGAAUAUUAGAUUUGAAAAUAUUAUUCUCGAAAAUGUAAAAAAUCCUAUUAUUAUUGAUCAACACUAUUGCAAUGGACGUCAUGAUUGUAAGAAACAGGCCAAUGGAGUGCAGGUGAGCGACGUGAAGUAUUCAAACAUAAAAGGAACAUCGGCCACAGACCAAGCGAUAUUUUUUGAUUGCAGCGAUGAUGUUCCUUGUACUGACAUUGUCCUUGAUAACAUCAAAAUAUCGUUGGAUAAAACGAGUGGUUCGACUGAUAGUGUUUCGGCCAUGUGCAAGAACGUAGAGGGAACAAUUACUUUAACUUCGCCAAAUGUCGCUUGCUUACAUACUAAUCAUAAUUAA